CGAACUCAUCAGAAGGGGUGUCGUUGUGCAAGAUGAAUGCAAGCCGUCGGCUCUGGCCUCGGUUAUCUCUUCAACCCGACCGGCAGAGCUCUCUCCUCUUCAGCCGCUUUGGCCUUCGCCUGCGAUACAAUGCACAAGGGUGUUGCCACUGCAGUGUCGGGCGUAUUGGAGUUGUACUCAGGUAUGAGCAUCUCCAGCCAAGAGCAUGGGCCUUAGUGUUCGUGUGAGGAACUGUGAUCUUGAAAUUAGAUGCGAAGCACGCAGUGGGAUUCAGCACCUUAGGUCGUCCGGACUGUGGGCAUGUCCAUCAGUCUGGCGACAGGCCGGCAGCAGGACACCAGCUGCCGUUAACCCAUCUGUGUCAUUGUAGAGGAAGCUCGAGUAUCAGUGUCUUGCCGUUCCAUGCUUUAAUAGGGACGCGUACCUAGACCCAUCUUGAAAAAGGUUUCGCUGUAUCCAGUGCCUGAUCUUGUGCAUCACUCAUGGCGUCGGCAGAAGCUGCGACGCUGAGGUAUCGCCGCGCAAUGGAUUGAAACGGCUAUUUAAUAGAAGCGAAAAGUCGAUGGCGACCACUUUCGAUGCGAAAUAUUCGACAAAAAAGGAGUCAACGAUUGCUUUCUUUUGUCGGGCUGCAUGAAGAUUCGGGCUCCACAUUCUGAUACACAAUCGGCCUUCUCGCUCGACCCUCCUCAUCACUACCACCAUCAACUGCCAACUCCCGAACAAGGCUACAAUCCAAAUCGAGAGCGGAACGAGAGGCUGCCCAUCGCUUGUGGCUUUGUGGUCUGUUAAGCGGGCUUCAGCCCCGGGCGACCAUGCCUUGACAACACCAUCACCGUCACCGCUACUACUCCUCAGUUAUCGUCGUCUUCUUUGCCAUCAUCAUCUCAAUCUCUCAAGACAUCUACAAAAGCCACUUCCACGUCACCAAAAAUGGCCGUUCCAGAGUCAGACCCAGGAACAAUCCCCUUUCCUCCGUCCUCCAUCAUCCACUCUCCUCCUGUCCCCAUCUCCCCCUCAACAUCUACCAGCAGCACAGCCUUGCACGCAAACCUUGCGUCCAAAACGAUCCUCAUCACCGGCGGUGCAUCAGGCUUCGGUGCAACUUGUUUCCGCUCCUGGGCAUCUCGCGGCGCCAACGUGAUCAUCGGAGACAUCAACUCGACUCUGGGCACCGAACUCGUCACAACCGUCCGCAAGGAGACAGGGAACCCAAAUCUGCAUUUCGUUCCACUCGACGUCACCAGCUGGCCCAGUCAGGUUCAGUUCUUCCGCAAGGCUGCCCAGUUGAGUCCGCACGGGGGCAUCGACUGUGUUGUAGCGAACGCGGGCGUGGCGGAUGCUAAUGAAAACAGAGAGUUUGAGGCACCCAGCAGAGAUUAUGGUAACGUCGACGACAGUAUAGAAGGUGACGGCGACGCGGCCGUACCAGCACCACCCGGCCUCAGGACCCUCGACGUCAAUCUGUACGGCGUCACUUACACAACCCAUCUGGCCAUGUGGUAUCUCCCUCGCAACCCAGGAAGUGCACCCUGCGAUCCGAAGGCCAGCUCAGGUUCUCGUGAUCGCCAUCUCUUACUGGUCUCGUCGAUCGCCGGCUUGUCCGGUCUGCCUGGUCAACCUCUCUACGCGGCGGCGAAACAUGGUGUUGUCGGACUAUUUCGCACGUUGAGGCUUACGACCCCCAUCAAGCAUGGGGUUAGGGUCAACAUGAUUAAUCCUUAUUUCGUAGACACCCCCAUCCUUGGUCCUUUGGGAGCGCUCGUCCUGGCGGGCGGCGGUAUGGCCACGAUCGAAUCGGUCCUCGAGGCCGCGACGCGCCUGGUUGCCGACCAGAGCAUCAUCGGGCGUGCAUUGGCUAUCGGGCCCAAAGCCUCGAUUGAACAGGCUCGUGCUGCGGGACUUGUGUCAGACACAGCCGAGAUGGAUAGGGAUGGUCAGGCCAUCUGGGAUGUUUAUGCCCAUGACUUCGAGCAGUCGGAUCUAUUUACCAGGCGAAUCAUCGCUGUGACGAACCUGAUCACCCGGGCUCGAGGCUGGACUGGGGUUGUGGGUGAUGUUGCGGGCAAAGCCUCGUAUAGGUUUUGGAAGGUUCUGGGCUAUUGAAAUUGGCCUUGGACAGUCACAGGAGCAGGCUGUGGCUGAUAACGGAGACAUGGGAAGUAUCCGUUCUCUGAAAGACGGGAGCCAACCGACAAUGAAAGGGGAACAAGGCUGUACAUUCCGGAGAAUGGAAAAGAGACCCCAAGCAAAUGCUGACGAUUCUAACGGCCAUGACAUUGGACACUUUCAGGCAUCAAAACUUCAUCCUCACACUGCGGGACACCAUGAUUUGAUGUGGCUUCAACACCGGUUGGUGAUUGUCGUUCGUGAUCUCACCAGACAAUGGGUCUGGACAUGCCUGAUAUUGCUCUUCCUGACACAUGCCCUUCAUUGUUCAUUGAUACUUCGGCCGGGUAUCAGAGGGGUGGCAGCAUGACCAUUUUUCAACAAUGUAGACUCUGCUUUAGACGAACAAGAGUUCGUGUUAAACAGCCAGGCUUAGAAUGUGCCCGGAAUUUGCCAGUCCUGUACAUAGUGCUGUGAAGCUUCAACUUACGUACCUCAAUCCCAUCAUACUGGCCUUCCUUAA